UACAGGAUCUCUAGUGUUUAUGUGAUUACAUGUUUUCUCACUUUAUAUUUUAAAUAUAUGUUUUUAAAACGUGUUGCGACGCACAUGCAUGUUUCGGUUUGAUUCAUCGCAUCGUUUAUGUGCAACGCCGACAGAGACAGCCAGCAUUUGUUUAGAAAACGGACCCUUUUUGCAGGCGCAAGCAAAAAAGUUUGAGCAUCAUUAAAAAAAAGAGAUGAAGAGACAGGCCGAACGGGAAUCGAGCCCUGCAAGAGGAAUCGCGAAACGUAUACGGGAGAGAGAACGAGACCGAGAUGUGAGUCGCAGGGAUGACGGUCCGCCCACGCCACUGGCUGCACUGUUUGCCGACAGCCGAAAUUAUUACAAGCACCAGGUGCGCAGCCGGAGUAGAGAACGUGAAAAACCCCGGCCAAGGGAGGAGCGACCUGCAGUCGGACAGCUUCACCACCGGCAACACCACCACGACCUCACGCUCAUCGGACGCCCCUCGCUGAGGACUACCGCAGUACUGCCCAAAACAAGCAAAGCUGCUGCAGAAAUCAACACCCGCGUCGGCAGCCUGGAGUACAAAACUUUAAUCAUUAGCAACCUGGGCUCGCAGCUACCCGACGAACACGUGGAAGAUGGACUGUUUCACGAGUUCAAAAAGUUCGGAAAUGUCAGCGUCAAGCUCUCCCACACUCCAGAGCUGGGUCGCGUCGCCUACGUGAAUUUCAGGCAUCCCGACGACGCGAAAGAAGCGCGCCACUCCAAAGCCAGGUUAGUGCUGUACGACCGUCCCCUGAAAGUUGAACCCAUGUACCUCAGACGCCGUAGCUGCACGCCGCCCGACGUGGGAUACGUGCCUGCGCUCGGCGUUUACCAGUACCGGCAACGGUCCCUUUCUCCCGGCCCGGGGGCCAGCAGCAUCAGAGACCUUCGAGCCCGGCAUUAUGCCGUUGAGGGACUAGGGGUGAACCGGGAACGGGAGAGGGUGUUGGACUACUAUAGCUUGUUAGAGGAAAAGGGGCGGGGCCACACGUAUCAGCCGUCUCCAGAGGACGACUUGAAGCCUGAGGACGACCAGAGGGCGACCCGGAACUUGUUCAUCGGCAACCUCGACCACAACGUGUCCGAGGCGGAGCUCCGGCGGAGCUUCGACAAGUACGGCGUCAUCGAGGAGGUGAUCAUCAAGCGGCCGGCGCGCGGCCAGGGCGGGGCCUACGCCUUCCUCAAGUUCCAGAACCUGGACAUGGCGCACCGGGCCAAGGUGGCCAUGCAGGGGCGCAUGGUCGGCGGCAACCCGGUGAAGAUCGGCUACGGCAAGGCCAACCCCACCACGCGGCUGUGGGUGGGCGGCCUGGGCCCCGGCACGUCGCUGGCGGCGCUGGCCCGCGAGUUCGACCGCUUCGGCAGCAUCCGCACGGUGGACUACGCCAAGGGCGACAGCUUCGCCUACGUGCAGUACGAGAGCCUGGACGCGGCGCAGGCCGCCUGCGCGCAGAUGCGCGGCUUCCCGCUGGGCGGCCCGGAGCGCCGGCUCCGCGUCGACUUCGCCAACCCCCCGGCCCCGCUGCCCCCGGCCGGGCCCCCGCCCCCGGACUACGACCUGCCGCCCGAGGCCUACGCCCACCGCGGCCUCGACCGGGAGCCCCGGCCCCCGCGGGAACGCAGCCCCGCCCGGGGCCCGUUCACCGAGCGUGAGCGGGACCGGGAGCGCGCCCUGGCGGACCGGGACUGGCCCAGCCCGUCGAAGAGCCUGGAGCGCCGGGGCCGGAGCCCGAGCCGGGAACGCCGGGGGAGCCGGGAGCGCCGCGGGAAGGAGCGCGAGGAGCGCCGGAAACGCCGCAGCCUGUCGGGCGACCGGCCGCUCCCGGACCGGGACCGGGGCCGGGUCAAAGGGCGCGGGCCGGGCCCGUCCUCGCCCCCGUCUCCGGACUGCAGCCCCGGCCGACCGCGGGCCAGAGCCGGGGACCCGCCCGCCGAGCCCCCCGCCCCGCCCGCCCCGUCGCGCCCCGAGGACGCCCCGCACGAGCCCCAUCGCAACCACGGCGACCCGCAGGGCCCGGAGGAGGACGAGGGCCCGCCGGAGCGCGGGGAGAGGCCCCAGGCCGACGGCGGCAGGAAGCCCAGCACCCUGUCCGAGUACGCCCAGACCCUGACGCGCGUGUGGCAGGGGCCCCUGGUGCUGAAGAACAGCUGGUUCCCCACGAACAUGCACAUGCUGGAGGGGGGGCCCGGCUUCCUGCGGGCGGUGCUGAGGGACGAGCAGGCCCCGGCGGGCGGGGCGGGCCAGCUGAAGAUCGCCCAGCGCCUGCGCAUGGACCAGUCCAAGCUGGACGAGGUGACGCGGAGGAUCCGGCUGGGCGGGGCGGAGGGCUACGCCGUCCUGCUGGCCGUGCAGGGGCCCUUCGACCGCGAGGCGCCCCCUCCCCAACCGGGCCUGCAGAGGAGGCUGCUGCGCAACCUGGUCACCUACCUCAGGACCAAGCAGGCGGCCGGCGUCAUCAGCCUGCCCCUGGGGGGCGCUAAGGAGCACGAGACGGGGGCCACCCUGUACGCCUUCCCGCCCUGCGACUUCUCCCGGCUGUACCUGCAGCCGGCGCUGAGGACUCUGGGUAAACUGGAGGAGGAGCACCUGGUGAUCGUCAUUGUGAAAGACUUGGUCUGA